UCGGCACAGCAGCUAAGAAAAUGAAUUGUGUGAGAUUUUAUGCCCAAUAGGCAAGCAAAGCUGUAAUAGAAACACAUGAACAGUUAAAAGUUAAUUUACUUCGUGUAAUUUAGAAUUUAAUUUAAUUAAAUCAUUUUCUACUUGUGUAUUUUGUGUACGACCACCAUUAACUCUUACAAUUCAACAUGGUUCGAAUGAAUGUUUUAGCUGAUGCACUCAAGUCCAUCAACAAUGCUGAGAAACGAGGUAAACGCCAAGUCUUGAUCAGACCCUCUUCUAAGGUAAUAAUCAAAUUCCUUAAAGUAAUGAUGAAACAUGGCUACAUUGGAGAAUUCGAGAUUGUCGACGACCACAGAGCUGGUAAAAUAGUUGUUAACCUUACUGGAAGGUUAAAUAAAUGUGGUGUUAUAGCUCCAAGAUUUGAUGUCGAAUUAAGGAAUAUAGAAACUUACAUGAGGAACCUUUUACCUUCUCGUCAGUUUGGUUAUUUCGUACUAACAACAUCAGGAGGAAUCAUGGAUCACGAAGAAGCCCGUCGUAAACAUCUUGGAGGCAAGAUAUUAGGAUUCUUCUUCUAAAAUUAACUAAUAUAAACACUGAAAACACCUUUGCUACCACUAAUAAGGUCCAUGUGGAUAAAAUAAAUAUCUGUUACAUAAAGUUAAA